AUGGAACCUCGCACUAUGGCCGAUAUAAGAGUGCGAAACCUCAAAAAGCCGGUUGACGUUGCCGAGUACUUGUUUCGUCGCCUGCAUGAAGUCGGCGUUCGCUCUGUCCAUGGCGUUCCCGGUGACUACAACUUGGUUGCCCUCGACUACCUCCCGAAAGCAGGUUUGAAAUGGGUCGGAAGUGUGAAUGAAUUGAACGCAGCUUAUGCUGCUGAUGGCUACGCUCGGAUUAAGACAAUCGGCGCCUUGGUAACAACUUUUGGCGUCGGUGAGCUUUCUGCCAUCAACGGCCUCGCCGGAGCAUACUCGGAACAUAUUCCCGUGGUUCACAUUGUUGGAUGUCCCUCCACCCACUCUCAGAAGCAGGGCAUGCUUCUCCAUCACACCCUGGGCAACGGCGACUACAAUGUCUUUGCAAACAUGAGCUCGAAUAUCUCUUGCAAUGUCGCGAAGCUCAACGACCCACAGGAUACUGCUAUUUCGAUUGACCAUGCUAUCCGCGAGUGCUUUGUUCGGUCUCGACCGGUAUACAUCAUGUUGCCGAGCGACAUGGUGACGGCAAAGGUCGAGGGGCAACGACUCGAGACGCCGAUUGAUCUUGCCGAACCGAGCAAUGAUCCAGAACAGGAGGCGUAUAUUGUGGAUGUCAUUCUGAGAAACCUCAAGUCUGCAAAGUCUCCGGUCCUUUUGAUUGAUGCGUGCGCAAUCCGUCACCGCGUUCUAGAGGAAGUCCACAAGCUACUGGCCAAAACCAAGUUGCCCGUCUUCGUUACGCCGAUGGGCAAAAGUGCAAUUAACGAGGAUCACCAUAAUUACGGUGGUGUGUAUGCUGGCGAAGGCUCUAGGCCAUACAGUGUCAAAAAAGCUGUCGAGUCGUCCGAUUUAAUUCUGUCGAUCGGCACAUUGCAGAGUGAUUUCAACACUGCGGGCUUCUCGUUUCGCACGUCAAAACUCAAUGUUAUUGACUUGCAUAGCGAUCAUUGCAUUAUUCACUACUCGACAUAUCCUGGCGCUCGGAUGAAGGGUGUUCUUCGCAGACUUAUUGACGCUCUAGACCCCAGCCAACUCUUCAUAACUCAAGUUCCUGCCGUCAAGAAUCAAGUGGCAGAAAAUGACGAUGGAACCCCUACUAUUUCUCAAGCCUGGUUCUGGCCACGCGUGGGUGAAUUCUUUGCCAAGGAUGAUAUUGUCGUGACAGAGACGGGCACUUCAAACUUUGGCAUUUGGAGCUCCAAGUUCCCAGCUGGUGUUACCGCUCUCAGCCAGGUUCUUUGGGGCAGUAUUGGUUGGUCUGUUGGUGCAGCUCAAGGAGCUUGUCUGGCGGCGAAGGAUAUGGGAAGCAAGCGCCGAACGAUCUUAUUUGUUGGAGAUGGAUCAUUCCAACUCACGGCUCAGGAGCUCAGUACCAUGAUUCGACACGAACUUAAGCCUAUUAUAUUUCUCCUAAACAAUGAUGGCUACACGAUUGAAAGGUAUAUCCACGGCAUGGAUGCGGAGUACAACGAUAUCAAUAGCUGGGACUAUACCGCUCUUGUUGAUGUCAUGGGCGGCUCGAAAACGUGUGCCAAACAUGUCGUCAAGACAAAGUCCGAACUUGACAAUCUUUUGACUGAUUCGACGUUCAAAUCGGCUGACCGCCUUCAAUUUGUGGAAGUAAUCAUGCCAAGGAAGGACGCACCCUCUGCUCUGAUUACGACGGCGGAGGCAAGUGCAAAGACGAACGCGGAGCAGAGCUAA